GCUAAUAUACUAUGUUCAUCUCACUUUUACUCGAGGCUUUUCUCAUUUUCAACAGUUUCGUACUUUUAGAAUAUUUCACAAUUUUAUCAUGGUAUCAGAGCCGAAAUCCUGGAAAGAAGAAUUCUAACUUUUCAUUCCUUACGUUCAAAUAAUUCUCCUAUAUCCGUGUUAGGCUAUGGAGGUUGGUGAUGUCAUCAUUAAGCCCAUAUAUGAAAAUAUGGGUUGUUUUUCUUCUACUGCUCAAGUAAAUAUAACAUGCACAUCCACACAUGUUUAUCCUUGGAUAAUUGAUUCCGGGGCUACUGAGCAUAUCACUUGUAGUGAUAUUAAUCUUUUUAAUAUUAUUAGUCACGUGGCGGAAUCAUCGGUCAAAAUUCCUAACGGUGAAUCAAUUCCAGUUCAUGCUGUCAGAAGCUUAUACUUACCCUAUGGGAUCUGUCUUGAACGUGUUUUAUACAUUCCAAAAUUUCAGUGCAAUUUACUUUUUGUCAGUCGCUUAACAAGCGAUCUGAAUUGUACACUGACAUUUUUUUCAGAUUUCUGUAUUUUUUAGGACGUACCCUCGAGAAAGCUAAUUGGUGUGGGUAAAUCUCAUGAUGGGCUCUAUUACUUGGAGCCUUUGAGAAGUGAAAGGGUGGCAAUGUCAGUCUCUAUUACCUCCGAUUUAUGGCAUCAACGUCUGGGACAUGCAUCUGAUGGAAAAUUACAACACAUUAGUUCUCUCAAAGGUUUUCAACAAAGUGGUAAUUUUUGUGAUCCCUGCGUGUGGGCAAAGCAGACUAGACUUUCUUUCCCUACAAGCAAAAUCAAGACAACUCGUAGCUUCGAAUUAAUACACUGUGACAUUUGGGGAGGCUACAGGUGUGAUUCAAUUUCCGGAGCACGGUAUUUUUUAUCUAUUGUUGACGACUUUACUAGAGGUGUGUGGGUUUAUUUAAUGAAAAAUAAAUCUGAAGUUGCUCAAUUUUUAAUUCAAUUUUGCAACAUGGUUGAUACCCAAUUUGAGAAAAAGGUCAAACGAAUACGGGCGGAUAAUGGUGUAGAAUUUCAAAGCAAUCAUUUAUUUGAUUAUUACCGUCGCUCUGGGAUAGUAUUAGAAACCUCUUGCACAGACACACCCCAACAAAAUGGAGUUGUAGAGCGUAAGCAUAGACACAUAUUGGAAAUUG